AUGGGUCUUGUGCAGCGAAAAAAACUGGAGUCCAUCAAGGCCAACCUUAAGGCCAAGAGGAAGCUCGACGGUUGGGUGCUACCCCGUCAGGAGUCUUCUUUCGCUGAGCCGGGUACUUGGACUAACAUCGAUUGCGAUGUCACCCCCGUCGAACGCCGCACCUGGACCGCCCUCACCAUCUUUGGUUUCUGGUUCUCUGACGCUCUGAAUGCGCAGGCAUGGAUGCAACCUGCAGCCAUCCUGGCCCUCGGCCUGACCUGGCGCGAGGCCAUCGUCUGCGCCAUCUUCGGCUCCCUCACAUGUUGUGUGCCCCUGGUACUUAAUGGCUUCGUCGGUGCUCGCCUUCACGUGCCCUUCCCAGUGGCCAUGCGCGCAUCCUGGGGAUACUAUGCAUCGCGCUUCCCAGUCAUCGUUCGGGCCGUCACUGCCCUAUUUUGGCAUGCCAUCCAGACAUACACAGGUUCCACCGCGAUGACACAGAUGAUCCGGGCAAUCUGGCCAUCCUACCUCGACAUCCCCAACCAUAUUCCUCAGCAUAUUGGUCUCACUACCCAGCAAAUGGUUAGCCACUUCAUCUUCUGGACUGUCCAGUUUCCUUUCCUCAUGAUUCCACCGCAUAAGCUCAAGUGGUUGUUCGUCUUCAAGACCGUCCUAGUCCUUGUCUCCUCCGUCGCCGUUGUCAUCAGCAUGACUCAAAAGGCCGGUGGCACCGGUGAUAUAUGGAAUCUGCCCUACGGCGUCAGCGGGUCUACUCGCCGCUGGCUCAUCCUGUCAUGUGUUUCCAGCUACACCGGAUCUUGGGCUACUAUGGCUACCAACAUUCCCGACUUCACCCGCUACCUAAAGAGCGACAAAGGCGUGUACUGGCAAAUCUUUAUCCUACCAGCCAUUCAAUUAACCCUAGGAAUCUUUGGCAUUAUCGCCUGCUCAUCCAGCAAGGUUGUCUACGGCGAGUACAUUUGGGACCCGCUCGAGCUGGCAUCGCGUUGGGAGGGUGCUUCGGGACGAUGCGGCGCAUUCUUUGUCGGCUUGACUUGGGUCGUUGCCCAGAUUGGAACCAACCUGUCCGCCAACGUCAUUAGUUGCGCCAACGACCUGGCGUGCCUAUGCCCCAAGUACAUCAACCUACGUCGAGGGGCGGUGCUUGCAACUGUAACUGCCGGCUGGAUUAUGCAGCCGUGGAAGAUCAUCUACAGCGCCAACUCGCUGCUGAACUUCAUGAGUGGCCUGGGCUGCUUCCUCGCGCCCAUCGCCGCGCUUCUCGGCGCAGACUACUGGGUCACGCACCGGCAGCGGAUUCAUGUUCCGGAUUUGUAUCGCUCGCACGGAAUCUAUCUCUACAACGAAUGGGGUACCAACUGGCGUGCUGUCGUUGCCUUCCUCGUCAGCGUCACGCCGAAUCUGCCAGGCCUCGCCGCGUCCGUGAACCCUUCUCUGCAAAAGUCCAUUGGCGACGCCCAAAAGAUCUACUACAUGUUCUACUUCUACGGCUUCACAUCUGCAUUCGUUGUAUACUGUUCGCUUAGCCACUUCUUCCCGCCAACAUCGACCAUUGUGUCGCGGGUGGUGUACGACGAUGGGAUCGAGCUGCCAGCGGGCGAAGAGGGCUCCGACUUUGACGAGAAGACGAUUGAGGCUAAAGCUGAGGAAAGUCACAGGUCGCUGUGAGAUGGGCUUACGCGCUUUGAAUAAAACUUUCUUCGGCCAAAUUGGUGCGCUAAGACUACUAUUUAACCAAAUUCAGUUACGUAGCUAGUACUCUAGCUUUAUUACUAUAGU